UUUUUCGUCCGUUAGCCUUCCUCUUUUCCCUUGGGUUGGAAUGAGUCCAUAGGAGAUGGGAACAGAUCAUUGAUAACAGGGUCCACUCCACCUUGAGUCACUAAAUGUAUGAAGAUACCAAUUGACAAGUUGAGAGAAUGAAGUGUGUCGAGGUUCUCUCUUGAGCCUCCCAUACUUCUCGUUCCCUAUAUGAAGGUGCAAGCUUCCGCUCUGUUUUGAAAUCAUCUCCCUUCAAUUGCUCGUCAUGGCCGUUUUUGUUCAUUCCUUCGUGACAGGGGUCCUAGCCCUGAUUAUCCUCUGCUUCGUUCCGACUUUGGAGCAAUCCGACAAUUAUAUAAUCCACAUGGACUCAUCCUUCAUGCCCAAAGCCUUCUCUGACCACCAUAGCUGGUACUUGGCCACUGUCUCAUCACUAGCACAAAGUCCUAGUCCUAAUGUUAGAGCCAGAGCUAGUGCCGCAUCCACUUCCAGGCUCAUCUACAGCUACACUCAUGUCAUUCAGGGUUUCAGUGCUAGUCUCUCUCCUAGCGAGCUGGAGGCCCUUAAGAAGCGCCCAGGGUACGUCUCUUCCCUGAAGGAUUUGCCAGUUAAAGCUGACACAACUCACUCGACCCAAUUUCUUGGCCUAAAUUCUAAUGCCGGGGCAUGGCCUACCUCAGAUUACGGCAAGGAUAUCAUAAUUGGGCUUGUGGAUACGGGCGUUUGGCCGGAAAGCCCGAGCUUCAACGAUGACGGAAUGACUGCAAUUCCAUCCAAAUGGAAAGGCGAAUGCGAGGUUGGUACCCAAUUCAAUGCUUCGAUGUGCAAUAGAAAGCUCAUAGGAGCCCGGUUCUUCAACAAGGCACUGAUAGCAAAAUAUCCCAACGUUACCUUGUCCAUGAACUCUACGCGUGACACUGAGGGACAUGGCACGCACACAUCCACCACGGCUGCUGGAAACUACGUCAAGGGAGCAUCUUUCUUUGGCUAUGCUCCAGGAACUGCAACAGGUGUGGCUCCACGGUCUCGAGUGGCCAUGUACAAGGCCCUGUGGGUCGAAAGCCCGUAUUCUGCAGAUGUUAUUGCUGCAAUUGAUCAGGCAAUUAUUGAUGGUGUCGAUGUCUUGUCCUUGUCAUUUGGCCUGAAUGGCGUUCCAUUGUAUGAAGACCUAAUUGCGAUCGCCACAUAUGCAGCCAUGGAGAAAGGGAUCUUUGUAUCGACGUCAGCGGGAAAUGAGGGGCCUUUGCUCCAGACCCUGCACAAUGGGACUCCCUGGGUCAUAACUGUCGCCGCUGGAGACAUGGACCGUGAUUUUGGAGGAACUAUUACCCUUGGCAGCGGUAUUUCGAUUGCAGGCUCGACUCUCUUUCCAGGCGACCCAUCCUUGGGUGAAUCUCCAGUUGUUUUUGCGGAUACGUGCAACCAUACAAUAUUGAGCAAGAUCAGUCCCACGAACAUUGUCGUGUGCGACGACUGGAGUGACAUUUUCAGCGACCAGGUUGAAAAUGUCCAACUAGCAAAAGUUGCUGGUGGAGUGUUCAUAACAAGCAGCUCUGACCUCAAUUUCUUCAUCCGGAGCUCAUUCCCAGCAAUCUUUUUGAAUCCUACAGAUGGCGAAACCAUCAAAGCCUACAUCAAGAAUUCGUCUGAGCCAACAGCAAGUAUUCAAUUUCGGAAAACACUAAUCCGUAGCAAGCCUGCUCCAAGCGUAGCAAGCUACAGCUCUCGUGGCCCAUCCCCAAGUUGUCCAGUCGUCCUCAAGCCCGACAUUUUGGCUCCUGGCUCAAAGAUCCUGGCUGGGUGGCCUCAAAAAAAUCCAGUAAGUGUGGUGAACUCACAUGAACUAUUUAGCAACUUCAACCUUUUGUCAGGGACAUCGAUGUCGUGCCCGCACAUUGCCGGAGUGGCCGCGCUCCUAAGAGGAGCACACCCGGAGUGGAGCCCUGCAGCCAUCCGGUCUGCCAUGAUGACUACAUCGUAUUCAACGGAUAGCACAAAUGCCCCUAUCAAAGACUCUGGGAGUGGCUUCGAACCAGCGAGCCCUCUAGCAAUGGGAGCUGGCCACGUCAAUCCAAACAAGGCGUUAGACCCCGGACUCAUAUACGAUGUGACCCCCCAAGACUACGUCGACCUCAUGUGCGCGAUGAAUUACACGUCGAAGCAAAUUCAAAUCGUCACCAGAUCAUCUUCCUACAAUUGUUCAGACUCAUCACUGGACCUUAACUACCCUUCGUUCAUUGCCUUCUUUAGUUCAAACAGCUUGGUCUCUCCGACAGCACAAGAAUUCUUCCGGACGGUGACUAAUGUGGGAGACGGGCCAUCAACCUAUGUCGCGAAAGUGACUCCGAUGGAGGGAUACAAGAUUAAUGUCAAGCCGGAUAAAUUGACGUUCAAAGAGAAGUAUGAGAAGCUGAGGUAUAAGCUGACGAUAGAAGGACCAAAACAGAUGAAUCAGAAGCUGAUGUUCGGUUCUGUGAGUUGGAUGGAUAAAGGUGGCAAGUAUGUGGUCAAAAGUCCCAUUGUGGCGACGAGCCUGAGCUCGGAGGCAUUGACGUCCAGAACUUGAAUUUUUUUUCUGGUUUGGCAGCAGUAGGCGAAGAUAUCUUCUUUAUCUCUUUUUCCUUUUUCGAAUUAAUUUUUCUAGAAUGUAAUAGACCAACUUCCUUUGGGUACGUGAAACUUGGAAGAAGCUUGGAAGUGGAUAUGAUGUCCAAAUCAUACCACACAUCUUACUUGCUAAACAACAAAAAGCCAGCUUUGCAAUC